AUUUGCAUUUCCGGGAGAGGUAGUCAAGCGGAAGUGAGGUCUGCUGAAUCACGUGGACACAAAAUAAUGGCGGACAUUCUGCUGCUACAAGCAGGCGACUGCUGCACAAAAAUGGCAUGAACAAGAUGGCGUGGAGAAGAUCAUAUGUUUUUACUCCGCGGGUGGAAGAAAGUGAGAUCGAUUCAUCUGAUGAAAGUGACAGUGAAGUUGGAACAGAAACGCUUAAGCUGUAUCAUCGGCGAAAGUCUACAGUGACUGCCGUAAAAGCGCGGGUAAGGUUCAUAUGAAUCACACUAUAUAUGUUGCACAAAUAUUUCCAAACGGCUAAAAUGCACGACGUUUCUUGAAAUCGUGUACCAUGCUACCUUUUCGUACUUCUUAGAAAUCCCCUCUGGGAUUAUUUACAAGCUUUGGUCUUCAAAUGCUUUAACCCUAGAAUUAUUAAUUUGCAGUUUUGUUGUGUUUACAAAACAGCCAGUUUGCUGAGUCUCGUCAUCAGCCAUCAGCGAGCAAAUCAUGCUUUUUUUCUUGUUGGGGUAGAUUUACUCUACAUCAACGGCAAAUAUUUUGUUUCUUUAUGUUAUGCGGGAAGAAGACCUAAUUGCAAUUAAUAUGUUUCAGUAAUCUAUUUUGGUUUUAAUUUUCUGUCUGCUGACUUUUCACCCGUCGAGAUCGACUUUCGGUCUGGCAAAACAUUAUAAACAUAUAAAUAUUAAAACUCAUAUUCCCGUUUGAUAACAGUUGCCUUGAAACGGUUUCUGAGUUUGCUUUAUUAUUCAAAACCUCCCUUAAUGCUGAAGCUGUUGUUUUUCGCUUGAUUACGACACGUAUGUCAACCCUCUAUAAAUUUGACUAUAUUCGCUCGGAUGAUUGUAAUGUUCUUAUCUUGUAAAUUAUGCUUUGAGGAUUUUCCAUUCAUAAAAGGAAAACGGCCUUGAUAAAUCUUUUUAUAAUUCUUUUAUUGGUCGAUGUUAAGAACCGUGUUCCUAAAUUGCGCCCGCAUUUCUAGCAGUGAAUUCGAGUCGGCAUAGCUUGUAAUUUCUUCAGCUGUUUCUUGGCUUGGAAAUUUUUUAUUAGCGAAGCGUUACUAUUCGGCAUUAAUUAUGCACCUGUAAGCUCGUGGGGAAAUUUUUUGAAUAGCUACUGUUGCUUGUGUUUUCGUGUCACAGCCGGUUGAACCUUCUACCUUGUAAUAACUGUCCAGAAUGUUUUUUUUUUACAUGGAAAGGCUUUUAGUAAAUCGGGGUUUGUUCUCCUGCAGCGAGAGUUUUGAUGUCGAACGCUCGUCAAACGGUUUCUUUAGAUUGUUUGCUUUUGAAUCAUUAUUUUGACACCACUUGAUUGCAUAUUUAAAUCAACCACUGAUAAAUGAACGUGUUUUUCUCUUAUUCCUGAUCGAACAAGCUGAAACCGUGCCUCUCCCUUAUGGUAGACUUCGCACUAAAAGAGGUCUUGUUUUAAUUUUUCUUCCGUUCAUAGCAAUAAUAUAUUGCUCGUUAUUCUGGGAAGUAACAUUUCUCUCUUUGCUUUACCAUGCGUUAACACAUAGGCAACUUGUAUGUCAAUUGCAGAACCUCAUAAAAGAGGGAUUUUUGUUAAAGCAAACGGGAUCUUUUCAGGUAAGUUUUGUAUUUACUGGGAAGAAAAUGAACCACAACCUUAAGUAACAUUGUUGUGAUAAGAACAUUGCAGUGAAUUGUCAAUGUAAAUAAAACUUAUCCUUGAAAUUAUAUUUCUUUGUUUUCAUGUAGCAAAGAAAGAUAAUAAUUAAUUUAAAUGUCUCUUGCAGUGGUUAUGACAAAUUGUUUCAUUUGGCAGUUGUGGCAAAAGUAGGGUAGUUUAACAACAAAGUUUGGAAAAAAUACCAACUGUGACAAAAUGAUGAAUAUAUCUAAUAUAGGUUCCCAUCUUUUUUUUCAUAUUGUCUGCUGCUUUUUGUUAAUAAUUUAUGUUUCUUCUCAAUCAGAAUUUAACUCAGAGUUAAGAGGGAAAUUUUUGAAAUUCGCUGUUGGAGGUGAAGUUUGAAAGAAAUAUUGUAAACAACAUUCUACUGUGGUGAGGGUAAAAGGGGGAAUGAGUUUGCGGAAUGGCAUGUGGCAUGGCUUGCAGAAUGACAUAAUUAUGCGGAAUUUAAUAUACGCAGCUGAAUGAUCCAAAGAAAUAAAUUAAACUGAAAAGAGCUCCCUUUUUUGGCGCCAAUCAAUUUGCAAAUGCAGCCGCUGUUUUAAUUUUGCAGGCUUAACAUAUGAUGACAAUCAAAAAACCACAAAGGCUCAUUGUCGACCAGCCUUUUCUGCACAGCCAAAAAGAUUCUUCGUCUAUUGAAGAAAAGAUGUUUUCGAAGGUCACACUCCCUUCUACUUUAAUUUUUUCCUCAAAAGAUGUUUGUACGCUUAACUUAACAGUUUCUUGUUACCUAUAUUUGUAAUCGAAACCAUGUGAGAAGUGUUUCUUUAUGAGACUGGGUUACGUGAUCGUGACAUAAUUGAUAAUAUUAUUCAGAGAUGCAUCGAACCUUGUAUGUUUUGUCAGCUACGAGCUUGAGAUGUGCGAAACAGAAAAAAUCGACCAAAAUCUUAAUUUCGUGGCAAGAGUUGAAAAAUCAAUUUCGUUCAUUUUUGUUCGUAGAUAGCUUUUAGGUUAUAUAAGAAACCUAACAUAGAUUGUUCCCACUGAAAGCCUUUUAUUCGGGAGAAAAAAUAGAAGAUCGGUCUUCGAUGUUGGAGUCUCAGACUGCAUUAAUUUUUAACCUGAAAUUCGCUAACAUCAACUUUCCUCGCAAUCGCAAACGAAACUGGAUGGAUAAAUUUGGACACUUUCCACGAACAGAAAAAUUCUUUUCCUUGCACUAGAAGAUACUUUCUGGACAAUAGGGAAGCUUGUCGUACUGAAAUAAUUUUAAAAAUGAGGGAUAGGUUUUCAGGAUAAAAAAAUUUCAGUUUGUUACUCAUUUUCGACGGCAAUAUUUAACAUGUGGUAUAACUCCAAAUUCUCUUCUUGCUAUUUAAAUCACGUGCUAUUUAAAUCACACAUUUAGACAUUCAUUUAAAACAUACCUGGGAAUUGGCUUGGUUAAGUGAAGGAAAUCUCUGUAAGACACCAUCGAAGUUCACACUUCCAAUUUCGAAAAGCACAUAAAUAGAUAUUUACAGCCCAAUGGCUUGUUUUUCGUAUGUCUUGUAGGUUUUCCCUUUGCAAAAUUGCUUUUUUCAAUCAAAGAAUGGGGUAAAAAGGUGAAACUGGGUCAAUUUUAGCCAUUAUGAAACACUGAAAUUUACCUGCGGGCGACUCUGCGUGACAGUCUGUUCCGUGACUGCACGUGGCACAACGUACGUUGGAAGAGACAGAGCUGUCAAAAUCACAGUCACGAAAUCAAGGCAGUAACGCAACGUAAUUCUUGAUUGAAGGAGUAACACUUUCGGUGCCGACAGUAUUUUGAAGAAGCAAAAAAUCAAAUGCGCAAGUAUUCUGGUACUCACUUUCUAUCAAAAAAUAAGGACUUUAACCAUGGCAAUUCGCUAAGAAUAACGGAAAAAGAAGAUAUUUCGUCUUGUUACUUUACAAUCGAGGUAACUAAGUUAUUUCGGUCAGGCCUCACUAUAUUUACCGGACUUCAAUGUUUUCGUUUGGAGGCUGCCUUCAGGAACCCUAGCCAAUUCUUGGGUAUGUUUUAGAUAAAUGUCUAAAUGCGUGAACCAGUAAAGCUUACUCAAAUUGGCGCCAAAAAAGGCGCGGCAAUGACCCGCGCAUGCCUUUCAGUUUAGUUUAUUUCUUUACACCACUUUCCAUAUUUUACAUUCCGCAUAAUUAUGUCAUUCCGCAAGCCAUGCCACAUGCCAUUCCGCAAACUCAUUCCGCCUUUUACCCUCACCGAUUCUACUGUUCUUUAUUAUAAUUCCUUUGCCAAACUUGGAAAUGGUGGAAAAAUCGUACAGUCAAAACUAAAAUCUGCAUUUAAUAUUCUUAUCUUAACUGAAAAUAACAGUAGCUUCUUCUUUUAAUGACAACAAAAUCUCUUGAAUUUGAUAGGAAUUAAACAGAAAGGGCUUUGUUGUGAUGUAUUCCUGGUAUCUGUGCGCUCAUAAAGAUACAGAUGUACUUAGUGUACUUGUUUAUAAUAAUUACUCAUUUUUAUUAAUCUGAGCUGUUUUAACAUGUGAAACACUGAUACUGUGUUUUAUGUUACAUGCAAUUAAAUUUUUUUAUUUAACUUAUUGACGAGCCCUCUGAUCUGGAAGGUUUGCUGAAUUUCCAGGAAGACACAAUAUUAUGUGGCAGAAAAGGUGUAUUAUGUGGCAAAUUAUGAGAUUUAUUUGGAUGAGAUUUCACGUAGAGUGCUUACUGUCAUAGACUCACAACAAUAUUAAAAAUUUUAGAGGUUCUGUCUAAUGUUUCUAUAAGUAAUAGUCUUAAAUUAGAAUUUAUUUAUGAUUUUGCAUUCUUUGUCAAUAGUAACAACAACAACAAAAUGACAACAACAAAACUUUAUUAAUAAACAAAUAAAAUUACAAAAGUAUUGCCCGGAGCUAGCAAGGCUAUUUGAGGCGGACAAUGUGUGCAAAAUAUAGGAAAUAAGGAAUAAGGCUAUUAACGAAGGAAAGUUUACAGUUUACCAAUAAAUGAAAUAAAUAUUGUAAUAUGGAUGAGGACUAGAUAACAGACUAAAGGGAAAAGAAUUUAAAAAAAUAAAUUGUAAAAGUAGAAACUAAGAAGCAAGAAUUUUUUUUUUGACAUUUUUGGUUAAUUUUACCUUUUUAAUUACGGUGGGCGUAUCAAUAUAGUCAUCUCCUGAGUUCAGAAUAUCGAAAAGUAAUUUGCGGAGUGUUUUUUUGAACUUAUUCUUGGGGAGAUGUCAAAUGUUACAGGGUAUCUAAUUUGGCAGCGUAACUGGAACUGUUAACAUGCUCUUGUAUUGUAGUAGUGGCAGCUACUUGUUUUUUGUAACAGUCUAACCUCUCCUUAUGGACACCUCUAUAAUACGGACACCUCUCUAUUAUGGACAGUUUGUUUGGUCCCAGAAAUGCCAAAAAUCACACAUUCCCUACCUCUAUAAUACGGAUACCUCUGUAAAGUGGACAAUUGGUUCUGUCCCUUUGGUGUCCGUAUUAAAGAGACUGUGUUGCUAUUUCCUGGGUUAUGCGAUUGGAUACAAUUUGAUUUCAGUUUUGUGAAAUCACACCAUCACCUAACACCAGGAGCUCUCUUAUUUAUUUCAUCAGCAAUUUAUUUUGAAUUUCUCCUUGUAAAAGAAAAACUCAGGGUUCUCCCUAAAUUUUACCUCAGCAGGUAAGGGGCCAUUCAUGGCCGCUGAGGCAAAAAAUAUGUGCUAGAGGCGCACUUUCCUGUGGGAGGGGGGUUAGUGGAGUGAGGGACAUGGCUUUGACUUUGCUGUCAAAUUUAGGAGCUAUAAAGUUCUCUCAAGUGUCAUUCCCUCUUUUUAAGACCUAUUUUACGCAAAUCAGCCUUUGUUAUCUUAUGACAACGAUUUAAAAUGUUUGAUUCCAAUAAUUUCUUCAAUGCUCUCUUCCUAAAAUGCGUGGCCCAUAAAAAGGAGAGCUGUGUAUACCUUAGUACUCCUCCACAUAUUCAUUCAUUACCUUAAUGGUAUCCGGUCACAAUUUGCGUAUUUUUUAAAGCAACUUAUUUAACUUUAGUAAACCUUCAAGCGGUUGCAGGCGGUAAGAAGUGUUGCUAGGGAUAUAAUUUUGUGUGUUGAAAGUCUGUGUUUUUAACUUAAGUGAUAAAAUUAUUCCUUUCUGUACGGCAAAACUAGCUUUUGCUUUUUAUGUAGACUGUAGACAGCAAAUUAGGAUCAUUUAUUUAAAGUCUCAGUACAAUCAAUGAGGCUUGUGGACCGGGAUUCUGAAGCUGUAGAUUUGUAAGGGUGUUAUGCAGCAUAAUAAUGCUCAUAUAACAUUUAUUCAAUUGCUAAUUAUUUGUGUUCAUUUUUUCACUUUAGAGAUGGAAAAGAAGAUAUUUCAAAUUGAGAGAAGGAAACAAGUUAUAUUAUGCAAAGUCCAGUGAUGUAAGCAUGGCUUGAAAAAUAAUUGUUUGUUUUGUAUGAUUCUUUACAUAGUUACUGACAGGUUAUUGUAAUCAUUUUUAGGAAACGAUAUUCACUGAAAUCGACCUGCAGGAUUUCAGUGUGGCAGCAUGUGGCAUUGAAAAUAAAAACAAUUCCUUUACGGUAAGCAUAAUAAUAUUAUUAUUUAAGUUGAGUCAAAACUCUUAUGAACGAACAACCUCAAGACCAGAUGCAGAUGUUUGAUUAUAAGAGCCGGCAGCCGGUGAAAUCUGCUGGCUGUUUCACGCGAACUUGCAGCCUACUUUCUUUGGAAAUUUCCCCGGUUUACAUAGAGUAUUCAUGUGCUGUCACUGAAAAAAAAGCCAAACUUUAAUGAUGUCUGUGUUCUGUUCAAACAGUCUAAUUUUUGCUCCAGAAUGCUGGAAAUGCAUUCUAACAAUUUUCCAUAAACUCGCACUCGCAAGUUGCACCUUUGCCGCGAGUUUUGUCCUUCUCCACCCACUUCGGGAUCCAAAGCCUUACUUAAAAUCUUAUUGAAAACCCUGGAGCUGGUUUGCAAGAGGAAAUGAUGUGACGUGGAAUUCAAAGUGUAGUAACAUUAGACCAUUAUUCACAUAACUCACUGAGUAAGGCAUUACCUUAUGAAUGGAUGUUACUCUCCAUCUCACCUGGAGGGUUUUAGCUUGGUUAAAGAAAGCCUAAUUAUUUACCCUCAGGUCUUUGUGUGGUGAUUUUAAAUUUAAUGCAACCUUGUGUGACCGACCACCUUUUGUAAGCAAGCACCUUUUUAAAACACAACAACAAGUUUAUUCAGUAUUACCAUUUCUAUUAGUAUUACCGAUUCAAAUACAAAAUUAAUAAACAGAUAGAGUUAAGGAGAUGCGAUAUGGUAUAAUAAAUAUUAUUAUUGUUUCUUUUGUCUUUCAAAUGUCUGAAAAAUGAAAUUAGUUGUUGUUAGCCUGCUGAUAUGCGAAGCAGUAUUGUUGAAAAGAAAACAGACUUUAUCAUUUGUAAAUAAUGUAUUUUGUUUGUUGAUUUUAAUAAAAAGAGCCUUUCUCAAGGUCACAGUAAAAUAAUACGUGCAUUUCAUUUGCAACUGAAUUUAGACUGCAGUGAUCACAAAUUCUAAGAUCUUCAGGAGUUUUGAGAAUUCUAAUAAUUUAUUAUUCUUCCAUUUUUCGAUUUCUAAGUUAUACGAUUUCCUAUCCUAAAUUUGGAGGUGAUACAGUUGUGUUCAGGAUUCCGGAUAUGAACACUGCGUCGGAUCUAAGUGGUGUUCGGGGGGUUGAUCGAACCCCCUAAAUUAAAACAGCUGUGUCAAGAACUUGUAAAUAUAUAAAAUGAUACAGUCAAUCUUAAAUGCAAUGUAUUCAUAACUAAGUUAAGCCUCUGCUGCUCAAUACAGCUAAAUAGUUUUCUCCAUUUUUGGGUUCAGUGACAUUUUCCCUAACAUUAACCAUUUGCUGUGAAUUGCUUGUACUAUGCCAGUCACUUCAGCCUGACAAUGAGCAAGAAAAAAGUACAGCUUUUAAGCUUGUCAAAGGAUAUUUACUCACCACCAUGACAAUGGAAAGACUGUCAGGCUGAUGAUGAACAUUUAUUACGAAAAGCCCAUUGACUACGAUGCUGUGGUUCAGCUUUUUGUGGAAAGAUACCAGAGAAUGCUUCUUGUUGAUCCCGUCUUUGACAAAGCACAAAAUUGAGAAUAGAUAAAAUUAAUGGAAUAUAUUUUUACCAUAGUUAUGCAAAUUUGCAUCAUUGUUACGCAGCUUUGAGUUAUAUUUUCACUUUAAAAAAAAGGUAUUAAAACAUGCUGACUUUGCCUCGGAAUGGCAGAAAUGGCGCCUCCGAGGAGAUGAAAUUUCAAAACUUUUCGUUGGAGGAUUCCCCUGGACCCCCCUACAAGUUGGCCCCCUUUCAUCAAACCUCUUAUGCUAAAAACCUGGAUCUGCCCCAGGAACACUCAAAUUUUCCCUGUUAAAGUCUUGGAGUUAGAACCUUGUGUCUAUGAACCACUCUGGUACAGACUUGCCAACCCUUCGAAAGGCAAAAAAUGUGAGAUUCUGAACCUGGAGAAAUCUAGAGCUGGGAAAAGUAGUGAGAAAUGGGUAAAAAGUCGUGAGAUGUCCCAAAUUUCCUUCAGGGGGAACUUCCAGCGGGGAUUGUGGGUAUUGGAAGUCACAUAUCACCUUAAAGCUGCAGCAGUAAACAUCACGAUCAAUUUUGCAAUUUAGGUUUUGUAAUUUCUAUGUUUUGUUGGCGGUCAUCUCAAAAAAGAGAAACAGUAAGUCUGCACAUUUGGUUGCAGAAUGGUGCACAUUUGGUGCGCAUUUUUUUUUCAAUGUCACAUUUGGCUCUCGAAUAAGCACAGCAGCGCUAAUUUACGUAUUUACAAACAACCUCCUUACCUUUGUUAUGGCGCUUGAUAUAAAGAGAUAUCAAAACCAUAUUGCUUGAGAAAAAGACCACGACCAACUCAUGAGUUGUAAAGUUUUAAGGUAGGGAAACUGUCACAGUGAGGCUGAGAAACUGCGUUCAUGAUACCUCUUGUAUUUCAUUCGAAAUAAUUUAAUAUUAAAUUGUGCAUGGCUAGUACCCACCUCACUUAAUUCUCUCUAUAUUCCCUUCAGUGUUUUACCCAUAGUUGAAAUAAGCACCACUCUAGAAUAAGUGCUGCACCUUUAACAGGUAAAAUUGGUUGGUUGUUUAUGGGAAGUUUGACUGUAAUAUUGUUGAUUUUAUGUAAUGACAUAACUAGAUAAUAUUAAACUGUACCAUUCACUUGUUGCAAUUCAGUUUUUGUUUGAUGUAGAAUUUUUGACGGCUUUUUUAUAUCAAAUGGUGGACUCUUGUUUUUCAUUUUACCAUGUUCCCACCAAUAGAGUAGCCCCACAUUUUGCUGUACUGUGUGUAAACCACCACAAUUCUUUGGUUGGCUCAGACAAAGAGUAGCAAUCAAAUUUAACAUAACACCACCAUGUAUCCAUUUGAUUUGUUGUGGGCUCCUCUUGUUGCCCGCAAUCCUAAUCUCGAGGUUGUUAUUACGCAUGUGUCGCAUAUAUGCAGCCAGCAUUCAUUUGAACUUCCACUAAGAUUGAAUGGAAUGCACAGAAUGCAAUUUGAUCAUGUGCAUUUUGACCUUCUAUCACUUGUAAUCUGAUCACGUUUGUUUUGACUAUCUGUCAAGUGAAACUUACUCAAAUUAAAGAACAGUAAUGGAGCAAAAGUGUUUUGACCUUCGGUCAUUGGACCGCGCACACUUCGUAACCUUUGGUUAUUACUAGUUAUAUGUUGGAGUGUUUCGUUUCCUCCAGGUCAUUACAGGUUUGCAGAAUGUCAAUCUCAGUGCUGACACACGAAAGGAAAUGGAAGAGUGGAUAACUGCUUUGAAAUCUGUUGGCUCAAAAUCAUCUUCAGUAAGCUAUCCCAACCUUGCUGGAAUGCGAUGUUAUAUGAUAAUGAUAAUGAUGUUUUUGCAAUGUGCACUGCAGCCCCUCGCCAUCCCUGCCACACCCAUAAGACCCUUGGCACUGUAGGGAUCCCAUUCCUGUCCAAUCUGACAGGGUUUUCAAUAAGAGCCGACAGCCGGUGAAAUCCACUGGCUAUUUCACAUGAACUCGCCGCCUACUUUUUUUUGGACAUAACCGCAAUUUUCACAAAUAAAAUGAUUUAAACCGGGUACUGAAACAACCAAUGGUUCAUAGCUAUUAGCAAGAAGAAUUAAAUUUAAAAAAAAUAGAGUACUCAUGUGCUGUCACUGAAUAAAAAAGCUAAAAUUUAAUGAUGUCUGUGUUCCAUUCAAAAACUCUAAUUUUUGCUCCAGAAUGCUGGAAGUGCAUUCUAAGAGGCCCGAACCUCCCUAGGAACUCGUGCCUUUGGUGGGAGUUUUUCCCUUCUCCGCCUACUCCAAAGCUUUUGCCACCUACUUUAAAACCUUGUUGAAAACCUUGUCUGAAGAAUUAGUCCUGUGCUACUCAUUGUUGUUUCUCUAACAAUUCACUUGUCCAACAUGGCUGAUCCAAUUUGGGGAAAUUUGUCGCCAGUGAAGUCUGUUGAAAGUUGAUAAUUAGGCUCUCAAGCCCUGGUUAAACAGUGAGGGGAAUUAUGUGCUACAUGUCAUGAACUAGGGGGCUGGUUAUUUAUUACUUGUUGCAGAGGGUGGGGGUGGGGGGGAGGGUGGCCAUUUUGCUGGGGGUCAUCUUCAAAAUAGCAAUAAUUAAUAACUAUUGGAUUUUGGCAGGUCAUUCUCAGGUAAGGAAGCGUUUCCUGGGGGGUCAUUUCAAUAAAUUUCAUGAAAGUAUUACAAAGCCAUGCUGACAAUGAAUGUGUAACAGCUGUAAAUAGUAAACACUGAUUUUAUAAACAGGACUGUAGAUAAAGUAUGUGGUGAACUUUAGGCCGAUUUAUAGCUAGAAUAUUCGUAUUCUCAAAAGCAAUAGGGUGAAUGAGGGGGCUUACCUUACUAUAGGAAAUUAAUGCUCCAUGAAAUUAGCGCGAAUCGUUAAACUUCGCGUUAAAUUAAGUCGCGUUAAUUUUGUUGAGUGUUAAUUUCCGCGACGCUAAUUAAGUGCAGCGUUAAUUUCCGCGCUCUUAAUUUCCAGUAUCUUAACCCCAAUUUUGGAACCUGUCCAGACAUUCUUGACGCCUAAAAGACAUUAACUACAAGCUUUCUUUCUUUCCAUUUACCCUUUAUUUUUCAUCUUUCACAAAAGCUAGGGCGAAGGUUUACAAUAUUUCGAGUUCAUCUUCAUCGUUGUCGCUAUCAGAAGUGAGGCCAAUAUCUUAUCCUUUGAUUUCGCGUAAUUAAUCGCGUUAAUUUCCCUUAUUAUGAAAUUCUACCUCCUCACAACCAAGCCUCUAGGGAAGUGAAGGUGUCCCCUAUCAAAAAACUGACUUUGCUGUUUUUAUUCUUGUAGCAAUCAGACCUGUUAGACAGAUUGUCUGGUGCGCACAACUGGUAUUCAUGUUCCCAUGCAAAGCCAACCUUUUGUAACGUUUGUCGGGAUGUGUUGUCUGGCGUCACAUGCAAAGGAUUGUCCUGUGAAGGUAAUGACGUACACAUGCAGUGUAGAGUUUAUGAAUACAGAAAGAAAUGAAGCAAAUUGAUGUCUUAUGAGUGCGCUUUUGAAAUUCUGAUAAAAUAAAGCUGAACAGUUUUCAUCCAUUUUCAUAGGCUAAAUAAUCCAAAGUGAAAGUGACAACCACAGAUAUGUUUAUCAAGACCUUAUAAAAGCAGUCUUAUCUUCUUCAGCAUCAAAAUACUUCUUGAAAAAAUCUGUGCUAAUGUUGAUAAAGGAAAGUCAGAAAUACUAAGAAUAAAGGACUUGAUCACACAAGAUAAAUUAUAUGUUCACUUUUAUUUAAAUUCGCCCACUGCUUCAAUGGGAACUGUAUGGGGACAGCAAAUGAAAAUUUAAAUUUUGAUAAUUAUUAGGUAUAUAUUGGGCUCAAAAGCUCUAGCCCUAGCUGGCUGAGGGCUGGAGAUUUCCUUCAGCCACUAUGAACAUGAUCCCGGGCUACUUUCAUAGAAAACAAAAGUCAGGGGCACCCAACGACAAUUUUCGGAAAAUAUCUGUUUGGAAGACGAUUUGAGAUCUAGAAUUUUCGGAACAUUUGUUGUAAAAUUUCUUGCUUGCCUACCUCUCCUAGGAUUUUCGAACAUCUAAAAAAUGGUAUAUUUUCCCAUUUUUAAAGGAUGUUUACCUUUAAGAGGUCACCUAGAAUUUUCGGGAGCCUUUUUUCUGGCUGAAAUUUUCGAAAAGGUAAGUUUUGAUCCCUAUAAUUUUCGGAUCACUAGACUUUCAGCUACGAAAUCCGAACAGAUGAAAAAUUUUUAGGGGAUAAAAAUAUGCCUAUAUCUACCGUUUAAAUACUAAAAUACGUUUAACAAUGCUACGUUUUAGUGGUUUGAAACUAUAUUCUCGUUGGGUGCCCCUGAAAAGUAAUGAAAGAUAGGACCAACCGAUCAAUUCCCUGCAUACUUUAUUGACAGUCUUGUUGGCCUUUCCCCUUCUUGCUGGGAAGUCAGAAGUCCCUCCUCUCCCCCCCUCCUUUUGGAGUCUGUUUUUGUGUAAUCUCUGAUUGCUAAUUCGCAAAAUGUUUUUUGUCAGUUUGUAGAUUCAAAGUUCACAGACGGUGCGCUGUUCGAGCAAAGAACAACUGCAAAUGGACAACAGUACAAUCACUCAAGACAGAAUUAGAGAACUUUGAUGAAAAAGAUCCUGUAAGUCAACUUUUUACUUUUUAAUAAUAUUAUUGGCAUAUUUCUCUCUCCUUGUGUUUUUUGAGAUGACUUGUAUGAUUCAUACCCUUUCAUUACCUGUAGUGGUAAAAGUGAAAAUGCACAAUUAUAAUUCAAAUUUCUUGUUAUUGGGAAAUCCUGAGAAAUAAGUAGCAGCAAGCAAAAGUUCUGCCAAAGAGAUCAUUUCAUUUGAAUGGUAUCACCAUCGGUUUUUAUCCACAAACUCAAAAGUUAGAACUACAUACUAAAUAAAUAGUACCCAUGUGAAAGUACUGCUGAAGAGGUUUCAUUUGAAUGGUAACACCAUAGGAUUUCAUCCACAGACUCAAAAGUCAAAACUACAUACUAAAUAAAUAGUACCAUGUGAAAGUACUGCUGAAGAGAUUUCAUUUGAAUGGUAACACCAUAGGAUUUCUUCCACAGACUCAAAAGAUAGAAUGACCAACUCUCUCUCAAUAACCUAGUCUAUGAGGGAGGGUUAAGAAAAAAGUUGACAACAAUUAUUUUCCAUGGUGUCGUGUACUCUUGCUGACCUGCAUUUAUUUAUAGAAUGACUUCAAGAUGUUCAGACCUCAAGUGGAACCACUAGGUGCAGGCAAGUGGUUUCACUGCAAAGUUUUGAACAUUUUGAGGUCAUUUCUUCAUUGUAUGGGUGAUUAGAGAAUAGACCAUGCAAAGUUGUUGUCAAUUUGUUUUUGCAAUAACAUUGAUAAUUUUUAACCUCCAUUUCCAUUGUAGUGUCUUGUAAAAUUGCAUGCUUGAAAAAGAGAAAAACAAAUGAUGUGUCACCACCAUGGCAUUUCAAUGGUCCAUGCUUUUAUUGACCAUAGCUCUUGACCAAUCGCUGUGUGAUAUGUUGUUCAGUUACUGUAAAAUGCUCUUUCUUUCUCAAAAUUAUUUUUGUUGUUUCCAGCUCUCUACACCACACCAGUGGUUGGAGGGAAAUCUCCCUGUGUCAGCCAGAUGUAGUGUGUGUGAUGAAGUAUGUGGCAGCAAAAGACGACUUCAGGGAUUUAGAUGUCUUUGGUGUAACAUGAUGGUAAGUAGAGAAAGACUUGAGAGACUAACUUUUUAACAUACUACAGGGUGCUUGGAAAAAAACAAACAAACAAAAAAGACACUUGACUUCCAGCUUGUCCUUUGGGCAAGCAGCUCUCACCUCUUGCUUGCCUGGGGCCUCUUCUUUACUUGUCUUAGUUAACAACGAGCUUAAGCGAUCGUGUUUUUGAGCAAAGGACAUCAACCGGAAGUGGACUUUUUCCAUCAUUGGGCAGUGGUUUGGUUGAAACUCUCGGGUAAAUUUUCUUUAUAAGAGAAAAGAAACUUAGCAAUACAAAUUUGUUAGCGUCAAAGCAUAUAAAAAGGGAGAAGGCCUCACGUCCAGUUAAUGACGUGCAUCACUCAAAAACGUCUUUGCUUAAGCUCCUUAAUGAUCUCAUUAGAGGAUGACGUGCUUUAAAGGUUACUGCCCCACAAAAAAAUCUAUUAGUCCUGGACUAACCGAAGGGACUUUUUUUCAAGCCCCGAUACUAGCCAUGGUCUAUUAACACUUUAAGCCCCAACAUCAACAAACAAAUUCUCCAGACUGAUCUCCACAUAUUUCCCUAAAAAUAACUUAAGGGAAUUUGUUAAAGGAUCAAAGCAUUUUCGCUAUGGUGAACAUUUCAUGAAUUCUCAUAACUUUUUCAUUUGGUUAUGUAUUUAUAUUGUUAGGAGAGAAUUCAUGUCGGUCACUGUUGGGGCUUUUAAAGGGAGAUCUACUAACUAGAUCUACUAACUAGCAGGGGCGCCCAACGAGAAUAUAGUUUAAAACCACUUAAACAUAGCGUUGUUGAACGUAUUUUAGUAUUUAAACUGUAGAUAUAAGCAUAUUUUUCAUCCCCUAAAAGUUUUCAUCUGUUCGGAUUUCCUAGCUGAAAGUCUAGUGAUCCGAAAAUAAUAUUAUAGAGAUCAAAACUAACCUUUUGGAAAAUUUCAGCCUGAAAAAAGGCUCCCGAAAACUCUAGGUGAUCUUUUUAGGGUAAAAAUCCGUUAAAAAUGGGCAAUUAUUCCAUUUUUUAGAUGUUCGAAAAUCCUAGGAGAGGGAGGCAAGGAAGAAUUUUCAUGACAAAUGUUCCGAAAAUUCUAUAUCUCAAAUCAUCUUCUGGACAGAUAUUUUCCUAAAAUAGACGUUGGGUGCCCCUGAACUAAGGAUGUAUAUGACACCACAAGUUCUUUAAUGUAUUCUUACAGGUACACCAGUCUUGUCGGUCUCAAACUCCUAAGUGCUCAUAUGGUGAAAAUGCUCUCUUCACAUUACCACCUGUGUCAGUCUGGAGUAAUGCUGGCUCUCUUUUGUGGAAUGUAAGUAAACAGUGUUGUUGGGGCUAAUCCAGCAGGGGACACCUAGGGUUUAUCAUAUAAGUGAGAAUUCUAUGACAUUAUCUGUUAUGAUUUAGUGAUAUUUUUCAUUUUUGGUGAUGCAGUAGAUAUACAAGUAGAGUUACUGUAAAUGAUCUCAUAGAUGCUCAGGGUAUUUUUCUUUUUUGGGGGUCCAAGAGGGGUAUUUUAAAGUAGAUGGGAGUUGUUUUAAAGGGAGGGGCGUUUGUUCCCAUAACUUUAGCAUGCAAGCUCAACAAAUCUAAUAUGCUUUCGGAGAAAUUUGAUAUCAAAAAAGGUUUACAAUAGCAAAAUAUCCAAUUCAUCCAUAGAUAUUAUGUCUAGGCUGUCUGGAGAUCCAUAUCACUCUUUCAAAUCUCAACCUCAAUAUCAGAAUCUUUAUUCAGUGUCAUUACACUGUCAUUGUUAGCCUAUCCUUUCUUUAAACAUGAAAUUAAACAAGGCGCAAUGCACAAACCUUUGUUAAUCAUUCUUAAACUGAAUAAAUGAUUUGCUCUUUCCUGCUUUUCCUAGUAUUUUGGAGUAAGUUUUGUUCUGUGCUCUUCUUGCAUGAUUCUGAUUUCCUAAUUUUAAGAAUGGCUCCUAGCCUAUUGCUUGCAGGGCUUAUAACUGGGAGGGAAAGAAGUUUUAACUGAUUUUAUAAAUGAUUUCGCAUUUUCAUUACCUCAGGUUAGACCAUCUGGCUGUCUUCCAAUGCUUGUCUUCGUUAAUUCUAAAAGUGGUGAUAAUCAGGUCAGUAACUUAAGUAUUUGAUUAAUAAAGUAGUCUUUGGAGAUAAAUCAAUAUGCAGUCAAAAUACCCAUCUGUGUGUUAUAUCACAUGGUUUUACUGCAACGGAGAGUGCAUGAUAUCACAUGGUUUUCACUUGAAAAAGGGGCAUGUACUGUGGCUUACGUGAAAAUGAGGUGGAUUUGGAGGACAGAGAAAGUAAUGACACUUCUUGAUUUUGUCACACAAUGAAGUGCUGCCAGUACAGUCAACCCACUUUAUAGUAGACACUGCAGGCUCCUUGAGUUAGUGCCCUCAUUGAUGAGAGUCUGUAACAGUGGGAGUUUAUUUCAGUCAAACUUCUCUAAUUUAUUUUUGCCUGGGAUUUAGCUGCGGUCCAUAUUAUCAGGGUGUUCGUUAUCACCAUAUACCCACUAUUCUUGUUCUUACCAAUGCAGAGGUGAAUCAACAGAUGGAUUAAAUUUCUUGUUUUUAAAAAAAGAAACAGUCUCAUUAUGUUGUCAACUCCUUUCAGUUUCCAUAAAGUUUGACCUAUUGUGAUGACCUUUUAUUUUCAUGAUUUGUUUUCUUUUCAGGGUGUUAAAUUUAUUAGAAAAUUCAAACAAUUGUUAAAUCCUCUUCAAGUUUUUGAUCUAGCAAUGGGUGGUCCUUCAAAAGGGUGAGUUACAGCAUUUCUGUGUAUUUAGUGUAUGCAUUUUUCUGUGGCAGAAUCCAGAUGGUGAAAGGGGGGGUGCAACCAUGCAGAUGUUAAGGUAGGAAGGGGGGAGGGGGAGAUGCAUAUCCAGACUUUGAGUUGAAAAGGAGGGACUCAUUUAGACCUUUAGAUGAGAUGGGGGUAUUCAAUAUUCUAGAGGGACACAAUAAAGGUGUGAAAAGUCCUCUGUUCAUUUUUGUUUUUCUGGUGUUGUCAUGUAUAAUAAACAAAUUCUUAUUCUGUUUUAUUGUUUAACAGGCUUAAGCUGUUCCAAAAUUUUGAUCACUUUCGAAUUCUUGUUUGUGGCGGUGAUGGUUCCGUAGGCUGGGUGAUGAAUGAAGUUGACAACCAGAAUCUGUCAAAUCAGGUAAGAAAACAACUACUGUUUUCACUUGGGUUCAAUUAUGCAAGGGCGUACUGGAAAUGCAGUUUAACUUUUUAGUUUAUGCACCAAAUUCUUUCGUUUGACCGUUCAAGUUUAACCCUCCAGCGAAUACUUUCACAUAGUAUUUUUUUAUUUAGUAUGUACACGUAACUUUUGCUUCUGUGAACAAAAUCCUAUGGUGUAGCUGGCCAUUCAAAUGAAACCCGUUCAGCAGGACUUUCACAUGGUACUAUUUAUUUAGUACGUAGUUCUAACUUUUGAGUCUGUGGAUGAAAUCCUAUGGUGUUACCAUUCAUAUGAAACCUCUUCACCAGUACUUUCACAUGGUACUAUCUAUUUAGUUUGUAGUUCUAACUUUUGAGUCAGUGGAUAACCUCCUAUGGUGUUACCAUUCAAAUGAAACCUCUUCAGCUGUACUUUCACAUGGUACUAUUCAUUUAGUCUGUAGUUCUAACUUUUGAGUCUGUGGAUGAAAUCCUAUGGUGUGACCAUUCAAAUGAAACCUCUUCAUCAGUACUUUCACAUGGUACUAUUCAUUAUUUUAGUCUGUAGUUCUAACUUUUGAGUCUGUGGAUGAAAUCCUAUGGUGUGACCAUUCAAAUGAAACCUCUUCAGCAGUACUUUCACGCGAUAAUAAACAAUUAUUGUUCUGUAGUGUCAGCUUGGUGUUCUACCACUUGGAACUGGAAAUGAUCUGUCAAGAGUCCUGGGAUGGGGUACAUCAUUUGAUGAUGACAACGCUGUUACACAAUUUCUCCAGCAUUUGGAAAGAGCUAAGGCUGCAGUCCUGGACAGGUGAUUCUCCGUUUUGCUAUACCGUAAAUCAUCUAUCAAGCCCAGCCUCACAAAUAAGCCUCCUCCCUCUAAUUAGCGCCCCCCCCCUUUCAGGGGAAGAAAGUUAAUAAGCCCCCCCUCCCCUCCCCUGAUUAUUCUUCACUAAUAAAUGAUAGACUGUAAUAAUCAAUCACAACUGUAAAACUUCGUGUGGACUGAUCUGGGAUGGUUUAUUUACCAUCUGGAAGUUCGGAUUUGAUUCUGAUCCUCGGUUACAUGACCUCCAACCUUCUUGUACUUGAGCUUUUCCGCUUUGUAUUCUAGUUCUUUAUGGAGAACUUAUACCAUCGUCUUUUCUGAAUUAAAUUAGCCCCCCUCCCACCCUCAAAUGGGAUUGAACUAAAUAAGCGGGGGGCUUAAUAGAGGAUUGACGGUAAUUCUGCAAAAACCCAUCAAUAUUUCGUGAAGAAAAUACUAAAUUCCUCUGGAAAAUAUUGAAAAAAAAUACAGUUGAACCUCUCCACUAAGGGGCGUCAGUGGGGCUUUUUCCUACUUUGACGGUAUAUCUUUGGAAGGACGAAGACCAUCUAGCAACAUCUUCUGUUGAAUAAUAAUCACGUGCCUUAUGUUCUGUGUUGUAGAUGGAGUAUCAUGAUAGAGGAACGUCCUUUGUCAGCGUCCAGAAGUUCUUCAAUAGAAACCUUAGAUACUCCUGUAAGUGUUUUUGGUUUAUCACUUUGGUCUAGAAAUCAGAACCAGGGGGCCUAGUUUUUUCUAGAAAGUACGCCUUGUCGCAGUCCCAGUCCCCGCUCCGGCUUGUGUCUGUCUUAUUAAAGACAGCUGGGUGUGGAAGGGUAUCUUCGAGAUCUGGGAUUCGGCCGAAACACAGUGCCGGAUUGGGAAAGACGCCAGAGUUGUUAACGGGAAACGGUAUUUGCCCGUUACUCGGGGAGCGGGAUGCGCCACUUCAAACGUUAUGCGCUUAUUCCAACUCGUUCAAUUCGUCAAAUGCUGGCAGAUUUUUCUGGAGUUGAAUUCUAAAAAGACUGUAUCAAAGUUUAGAAAAAGAAAAAGAAAGUCGUUGUAUUGUGUUCACGUCGUCGACAAAACGUAAAAUUAGGCAGUUUCACGUUGCAGUCGUGCAGCGACGGCAAAGAAAUGUUCAAAAGAGCGUGAUGCAGGUGCAAAGUUGUUGUUUUGCCAAUCUAAACCUAUGAGUACUUGUUUGCCGUUCUCGUUGCCGUCGCCGUCGUCGUUGCUUAAGCUUCCUAAUUGUCGUGAAAAAGGAGCGGGAGGGCGAGAUCAGGGACCCCUCUUACAGACUCCACCCUGUAGAGAGGCUUGACUAUGACUACAUCAACAAUGUAUGCAGUGAAUUUUAUUCUAACGGUGUUUUCUUAAUAAAUUUGUUAUUGUCACCGACCUAUCCUCCUGUUUUAUUCUACAGUACCGACAAGAAGUCGACACCAUGGACAUGUUUGAAAACAACGUGGCGGCGCAUUUGACAAGAAUACUUAAUUCCAGUAAACACUCGGAAGUCAUUUCGUCUGCCAGGUGUGAAUUACUUUGUAAUAUUCGAUUAUACAAUAAAGAGACCAAUGCAGUCAGUAAGUGCAAGUCAUAAAGGGUACAGUUAACCUUUCGUUUGUUCCAAUUCCUCCUAUUCCUCCUCAUCAGGCAUCAUCAUCAUCAUCGUCGUCGUCGUCGUCAUCUUCGUCAUCUUCCUCCUCCUCCUCCUCAUCAUCAUCAUUAUCAUCAUCGUUACUGUAUUUUUUUCGAUAAAGUGGGUUAUAGACCAGGCAGCUUGAAAGCUGAUGUGAAAUUUCCACAGGACUUACACACACAUAGACUCACCUCAGUUUUAAGGUUGACCACAGCAUCGGGUUCUAUGUCCCCUACUCUUUACGAACAGGUUAUCUUACGUCCCACAAUAAUCGAAACAGAUUGAAAGUGCUCUUAGGUAGGGCCUAAGUUAGUUUGUCCUUAUCGAAGAUUUAGUUCUACAAGCGUAGAAGUAUUUCAAGGUUAUUUUCAGCUUUGUCCUCUUUUGGCUUUUUUUCUCUGUAGAGUUUUGUGCGAGACGGUCAAAGAUUUCGUGUCCAAAGUUGGUACUGCUUCAGCUAACUCUGAUCCGUCUCAAGCCGAUGAGCCAGAUUCACUGGCGCAAAAGGUUUGUAUUUAUCUUUACAGUCUGGUUGGUUUACUCUUCUUGAACUCAAAACUUAAUAUAUCUACAUCAUUGGCAUGUCGCCAUCAUCACCCCGGCAAAAGCUCGAUUUCAUCCACCGAAAUGACCUUGGACACCUUAUGGUGCCUACACAACGAGCUAAUUAUGAUGCCUUACAGAGGAGGGAGCGCAUUGACUAUGGUGAUUAGGGUUAAGUAUUGACUUGAAAUGGUCAGCUUUCAUCACUGUUAAAAACCUAAUUAGCUUUUGACCGGUUAUUGUCCGUUAAUUUCGUGUAAGUGUAAUUGAGAGGGAAAGGUCAUUUUGGAGGAUGAAAAUCAUCAGUACCUACGUCAUGAUAUUAAAAAUUAGGAUUGUUAUUUUCAUCAUCUUUGUUAUCGUCAUCAUCAUCAUCAUCGUCGUCGUCAUCAUAAAUCAGAUUAAAAAAGCCGUGGAGAUUAUAAUAAUAAUGAAAAAACUAAUAAAACCCAUGGAGAUUAUAAUGAAACUUCUUACAGCAUGUAAACCCGUAAUAAUUGUAACAAGGUCAAAUUGUUGCUUGAUUAGGCUGAGAAAAUUUGUAAACUCUAUGGUCACUUUUCUUUUACAUUUUUCUUCUUUCAGUGCACGGUUCUCAACGAGAAGCUAAACCUGCUGUUAAACGCGUUAAGCAUAGAAUCCGAAGCUCUUCCCCCCUCAGCAGAAAAUUCUGGGAACUCUGGUAAUGGAGCAGGAAAGCAGAAAGUAUUCGUGCCCAGGGACGCUCUUAUGUCCAGAGCAAACAGUCUAAAGAAGGCGUUAAAACAGAUUAUAGAGCACGCAGAACAGGGUGAGGAACUUUGCCAUGGUAAAAACAGUGUACGUGACAGUGCGUAAGGGAAGAAAUGCCUCUCGAGUGAGGAAGGCGUGCACGUAGGAGAGGGAACUCAACUCCGCCCUCUUGCACACCUACCUUUCCUUCCCCUCCCCCGAUAUUUGUCUUUCGCCUAUUGCUUAGGCCAAGUGUGACAACUCACAGCUGUACAGAAAAGUACUGCUCAGUGACAAUUUAAGGCUGUCGGCAAGUUACUUUGAAGCUCCGUGUUCUGUGGUUGAAUAAUAAAUCCUUUCCUCGUCAGCAGUCAGUUUUAGCUCGUCCAUCCACUCAGUAGUUUCUUCAAACAGGGAAAACAAACGGCCUAAUUUAGAAACAAAGGUGACAACUUUUUUAAACCUAGAGGAGAUAAGGUCUUAUUAUUUCCAACAGCAACAAUCUUUGCUCCAUCACAUUUUACAAACGUGAAGGAGAACCUUUCGCCUCUGCAAGCAGGAUACAGUGCUAUUUGAGCCGGGGUGCACUUGUUUAGCAUUUGCAAAGUUUUUUAAGCUCGAUCUUUCUCUACGCCGCUCUCGUUGUUUUUGUCUAGGUGCGCGGGCUCGUUUCCCGAACAGCGGCUGGUAAAAAAAAAGUUUCUAUGCAAGCUUGAUUAGCUAUAAUGUAAGCAAUGUCUUGUCGUCUCGUGGAAGCGGUCUUAAGUACCCUAUUUCUCUGAGUUGCCUUCUUAAUGUACUUUUCGUUGUGAGCGCCAACAAUGUUAACGCGCCCGAAUAUAAACCCAGAAGGUAAGCGAAUUUGUUUUAAAAGUGAAGUUCCUCACAAUGCGAGAGGUCGUGAAUUAGCUGCUAAUAAAAGUAACUUGUGGACAACAUUUUCUUAAUUUUUUACUUCCAGCUGUGGAUGAACAAAAUGCACAGACUUGUGCCUCGACGACCUCAUUGGCAGAAGCCAUCGUCACAGUGGCCGCGUCCGCAGCCGGGGAAGUGGUGACUACAUCCACUGCACCCAUAAUCGAGGAAGGACUGGAAGCAAUAAAAGGUUAGUACGUCAUCCUGCUAGAGAUAAUGCGCACUCUAAUUGGCUGAGAAAGCGUGCUUUAUGCGAUUAUAAAACAUGGAGCUAAAGCUGUCACGCCAUCUGCCGAUCUUUUGUUUUGAAAAGUUAGAAAGUAUUGCGUGGGGAAUUUUAACGGAUUGUUUAUCAUAAAACAAAUGAAGAAGCCUUGGCUGUGCUCUGUUUUGUCGUAAAGCACUUAGCAAGCAAGCUGCUAGAUAGCACUCAAGAGAGGAGCACUCGACUACGUCUCGUGUUUUCCCCUACACUUCUUUCAAGCUCUAGCCACUUCCUGCGACAGCGUGCAUUUCAACAGAACAGAGCACAGUCAAGGCUUCUUUAUUUACUUUGGAACAAUAUUAAUGAAGCAAUAUCGUUUAUAAAGCUUGAAUUCGUUGGUUGUGCUAUUUGUUGAUUUCAUUUCAGAUAACGAAGGAAGCAUCAUAAACCCGCGGGACUAUCAAAGCGGGCUGGAAUCUGACCCAGGCCCCUCGGACAACAGAUUACAAGCCUCCUCUGAGCAGCGCCAGUCUCGUUGUAUAAGUCAAGGCAGUUCUCUCCCCUUUACCUUUGGACCUAUGUUAGAUGAUAAGCUGAUAGGACCUGGAGGCAAGCCUACCAUACACUUUAACAACUGUAUCAUCGCCAGGGCUUUUCUUAAAGAAAGGCCAAGUGAAGGACUAAUUGGCUCGUUGAUUGGUCGAGCAUUGUUGGCCCAUUCUGAUGCAUUGUGUGCGGCUGCCACGCCCAUGAUGAACAACGUGUUGGAUGUGUAAGUUUAUUAGCAUGUUGGGUGCCCUGUAUACUUUACCACAUCACGGUAUGCUAAGUUAUGACUGUUUGUUUCACUGAUUGAUCGAGCAUUGUUGGCCAUUCUUAUGCAUUAUGUGUGGCUGCCACGCCCACGAUGAACAACGUGUUGGAUGUGUAAGUUUUUUAGCAUAUUAAGAGGGAAUCCAUCAGGAAAUUGAGUAAUAUUAAUUUUCAGUAGACAAAAACCCUGUACCACAAUUCGUUAAGGCAUAUUACAUUCUUUUUUACAUUUUUCAAGGGCUAAAGAUGUAAUUAGUCAUCUGUAAUAACACCAAAGAAAAUGUUUUCCCUACGAUUUAAUUUUUUGUAGUUUACUUCCCGGUUCCGAUGACUUGCCUUAGAAUUCUUGGAUGACCUUUGAACUUCUCCUUCAUUUCUAGGGAGGGCUACACGGAAAAAUGCGUCAUGAAUAACUACUUCGGUAUUGGACUGGACGCUAAGAUUGCGCUGGAUUUUCACACGAGAAGAGAAGAACACCCCGAGCAAUUCAGGUUUAGUCUAUUACUUAAGCGGCAAUGAUAGAGAGAUUUAAAAUCAUGCUUACGACAAACGCUAUCGGCACAUUCAAGUUGAGAAUUUCUCUAAAUAAAAAGAUAGCAGAUAAAAACAGUCCAAAGCAAUUCUUAUCCUGAUAUCGUGAAACUACUGUUUUUUUUGCUGUUUUUUUUUGCAGAAGUUAAGAACAGUUAAAGACAAGUUCAGGGAAAACUAAUUCACGUUUAUCGUAAACGUAACUUCCAAAUCUCUCUGUGGUUCAAUCAAAUCAAUCAAUCAGUCAAUCAGUCAAUCAAUCAAUCAAUCAAACAUAUCUUUAUUUCAAUUCGGAUUUCAUCGUAGCAUUUCUGCUUGUAAGUUUUUCUUUCCUCGUCAUAUUUUAUUCUUAAUGGAGUGAAGGUCAUAAGAUCCCUACACAUUCGUUAGCUAUGAGAAUGUGUUUUAAAGUCAAGACAUUUUAGUUGAGUAACACUGGAUCAUCCGGAGCUGGGUUUUUCUUUUACAUUCUGUGUUUCGACGCCACUUGGUCGCUUGCUUUAUGAAGCCAUAAGGCUUCGCUGUCGUGUAUUAGUAAGUGAUGACGCAUGUGACUCAUGGGGGGUGAAGACUUCAAAUUUAUACUGAAUAUUUGCAUUCACUCAAGCCUAAUAUUGUCUCGGUAGUCUUGUGUGAUCAGGCUGAAUCGAAUUCAGCUUCAAUCUUUGUAUUCUCUGUUUCGACACCACUUGGUCUCGCUUUCAUGAAGUCACGUAGCCUCGCUUUCGUGUAUCGGUGAUGAAGAGUCACGGAAUUCCUGACUAGUUCUUAACCCUUGAUUACUACCAGUAUUCAGUUAUUACAAACCAUACGAGAUAAGAGUUCACAGGUUAAAAAACCCACACUAUUCGGCGCAUGAAACUCCUUGUCAAUCAACAAACUGAUUCUUAAGUUCUAGUGAUUACGAGCAAAAUUUUUACUUUUCUCUGUAGAAAUGAUGUGCAUGAAAUAAAGUAUAGUGUGUGUGUGAAAUGAUGUGCAUGAAAUAAAGUAUAGUGUGUGUGUGUAUGUUUUGGAAGCAGAAACAUAAACGCUGUUUCUGUUUUUUGUCUUUUCUUUGUUUAUAGAAAGCGGGCGCUGAAUUUGCUUUAUUAUGGGUUAUUGGGAGGAAAAGAGUUGCUGCAGAGAACAUAUAAAAAUCUGGAUCAAAGAGUCAGGCUCGAGGUAUGAAUAGUGGUUGUUAUCUAACUGAUCUGAGCAGGUAAUGGCUACAGUGUAUUUGGUUUGGGCGCUUUUCAUUGAUAAAACUCCAAAAUAAGUUCAAGUGUAUGGUAGCAUAAACUGAUGUUAAUAAACCUGAGAAUUAUGCCCUGUGAAAUCACACUUAUUGACAUUCUAGCAACAAUCCUGUCUCUGUUCAUUUGUUACACAACGUUCAACAUUUGAAUAAGAGUUGGUACUAAGUAAUGGUAGAUACUUGUUCAAAGUACAAGAAAGAACAAUGAACAGUAAUUAGUUGGUUGAUUACAAUGUAUCCUUCUCCUUUGGCAAAGUCCACUGUAACUUAGCAUGAUAUAUUACUAGACUCCACAAAGGUUCCAUUCAUAUUAUCACAUGCUCAUCAUGCACAUGUGCUCCUCUUUUGCCGUACACUGUACUUUUCCAGUCAGUUCUCUCAGGGCUUCGGCUCAUUCACAACAGCGUUAAAGUGAACUUUAAGUAAUUCGCAACCCUUGCAAACCUAGUUGUUCUAGGGUAUUGCACUCGCAUUUCUCAUUGUUUUAUCGGAUGUUCGUUUCUUCACAGUGCGAUGGACAUAAAAUCAAUCUCCCAAGUCUGCAAGGAAUUGUGGUACUUAAUAUAGCGAGGUUAGAAAACAUCAAAGAUGUGACAAACAUUUCUUACUGUAUUAGGGUCUAUCAACGGUGAAGACCAUCUUUUUGCUCGUGAAACACUUUCACCACUUUGUCUAAUUUUACUUUGAAAAAGGAUUUUUGCGCCGAAGUUGUUCCAAGUCGUUUAAGUUGUCCUGAGUUACUCAGACAAGACGCGGAUUAACGUUGAUAAGACGGAAUCUUGUCAUGAUAGCCAUCACAAAGUGUCCCAGUGGACAAAAGGUGUCUAAAGCACUCAUAAUUCUGUCAAAUAUGAUGCAAUUCGAAAACGAAAAAUGACCCUGUCAGAUAAGCAGUAUUUGAAAACAACAAUGUGCUCAAUGCGGGAAAUAGAAGUGUGACGAAAUGUCAUGGCGGCUGCAGACGGCAUUUAACAAAAUUUAAGUUCGGAGAGGAGCUCAAAAAUCAACGGUCAUGUGGUCAAGUUUCCCACCAGAGUGUUUUUUAUUGAUUACGUACCUAGCCUUAGAAAAAACAGCCGACACCUUUUGACGUCACCACUGGUUUCCCCGCGAAAUGACGUCUGAGAAACGAGCGCAGAAAUUCCAUACUGAUGACGUGUCAGUACCCAUAACUGGGUAGUGCUUCUGAUUGGUUGUGCCGCGAGGGAAAGUUUCUUCAACCAAUCAGAAGUCGACUGACCUUCCACUGUCUUCUUGAGCCAUCACGUGCCAAAAGUGAAUACCAGUAUGUUAUGCUAAUCAGGCUAUCCUAUUGUUUGUGAUCGGUUAUUGCCGCCUUAAAUUUCUUUAACAUAGCUCCCUGAUGCGACCCUACUGAACCACUUUAAUUGUAUAUUUGUUUCCUGUUUGUACCCUACAGUUAUAUGGGUGGAGCGAAUUUCUGGGGAACAGGACGUGAUGACGUAAGUGCUGAUUCUAAGGCCUCUAGUCAAUUUCGUCACUCACGUUCCAGUGAGUUUUCUCGAGGGAGGUUUCAACCAUCUCCACACUUUCUUCAUAACUCGUUCCUGAAUCCAUAAAGAGGAAAUAAAAUGGAAAUGGAAGAAAACAGUAGAUUGUAUGUAGGACUAUGAACCCCCAUCAUUUCAUGUUUAAUCCAUGCACAUCCGUAUCCACUACACCUGUAUUCAACUCUUUUCCUUGCACAGCUGUCUCUUACUCUGAUUUCUCCACUUUUGUCAAAAAUCUGCCUAAUAAAUUCUCUACCCCGAGUUUCGCGUUGUGUAAUCAACAUUCAGUUCGUCACAACGCCUGACCAGUCUCAUAUGCAACCUUAAAAUGGCUGAUAGAGAUCAAUGUUUCCUUUUCCCGUUGCAUACGGUUUACAAAAUCAUUCUACAACAGUGAAGCGUUCAUGUUAUCUGUAUUUUCUCCUUGUCUGCACACUGCAGGGUUUUAUGGAGCCUUCGAAUGAUGACAACCUCUUAGAAGUCGUUGCUGUUCUUGGUGCAACUCAAAUGGUGAGUAGGCCUGUUGGAUCACGAAAUGGAAUGUACUAAGCGGAUGAUAAGGAUAUUGUAUGUGUAUUUUAUUGCCAAUUGUAAAUUGUUAUUUUAUAAAAUGUUGACUGGAAAAUUUUUCACAGAUGUCGGCGCAGUUUUGCCUUGUCAAAAAUGUAGGCGCGUAUGCGUAACAGGACUUGCUGUUCGGUAGCGUUUGUGCUAAAAACUGGAACCACGAAACUGUCAGAAACCUCUGUCUUUAUUUGCGUUAUUGAAAACACACCUGUUAAACGACGGUUCCAACCAAUGCGUAACUUUUUGUUUCCUUAUGAAACUAGGGCAUGUGUAAAGUGUUCGGAGGAAUGCAGCAUCAUAGAAUAGCACAGGUAAGUGACAUUUGCUAGUUUAAAGGUUGCGAAACUGAACCUUGAAGAAAUCUCGACUAAUAGUGGUACUUGAGACUAAUUUAAGGGACUACUCGAUUCGUUUAAAAUUGUUAACAUAAGAGGCCUUAUAACAUGUUGUGUUUAACCCAGUUAAUCAUUCUUUAUGUUUUUCUUUGCUCCAAUACUUGGUUUAUCGUGCUUAUCACUGGUUGCAUGUAGUAUUUUCCCGCGCCUUGCGCUUACCCGCAGCAGUUCGUUGUUUUCAAGAGCUUAGCACAGACCGUAUAUAUAUUUUUUAAUGAAUUUUGACUGGUUUUAUUUACUGCACUGCCAACAAGAUUAUGUUUUGUGAGAUGUUACAACGGUGGACUUAGUUCUUUUUCUAUUAGUUAAGAAUUAAAGUAACUUAUUGAAACCAUUCUUACUCAAUGCGGUUCUUUUUAGUGCCGGGCGGUUAAAAUUUCCGUAUUUGGGGAAUCAGUCCCAGUUCAAGUAGACGGGGAAGCCUGGAUGCAAUCUCCGGGCUACAUCAAAAUUGUCCAUAAAAACAGAGCACAGAUGCUAGUCAGAGAUAGGGUAAGUUAAAUGAAUAAACAAGUAAGUCAAUAAAUAAUGAAUAAACAAGUAAUAACGAUUUAGAAGUACCACGUCACGUCACCAUGUGGGCCACAUGAUGACGUUUACCGUUGUUGAUCGAAUAGGCCAUUUUCCAGUUGCCCCAAGCCUCUGUUUCAAAGAGAGGUUAACUGCGAAGAUAUUAAAGGAGCUGUGUCUCGAAAUUCAGCCAAAUUAGGAAAUUACAAAAUGCCCGUUAAAUUAAGAGAAACAUAAAAAUAACCGCUUUAAACUUUAAAGGAAGAUUAAAAUAACAUAACGGAAACAACAUAUGCCAUUGGUCGGCAAAACUGAAGAAGAUUGAAACGGAUUGAAAUUAGGGUUUUUGAAAACUGUUCAGCCUAACAGUUUUUCAAAGUUGAUCCCUGCUGCUUGUAACUUCAAAAAUAAUGCUCAGGAGACAUAUUUGUUUUCUCGGACCUGUGAUUUUGUCAUUUACAUGUUAUUUCUUUGCUUACUUUAAGUUCCAAAGCGAUUGAGGGCGAGUAAUUGGCAAAAUUAAACAAAGUGAGCUGGACUGCCGUGACGCAGCCCCUUUAAUGUGAAAGUGAUUUUUUUAAUCUCAUGCAAGUGAAAGUCAUUCUCACAAGAAAGGUUUUUGCACUUAGCCUCGUUUUGAAAGUGAGAGUUUUUGGAACUCGGAAAUGGCCCAUUGAAAUUUGAAAGUGUUUGUUUUUGAGGAGAGGGAAAAUCGGACUACCCGGGGAAAAACCUCUCGGAGCAAGGGAGAGAACCAACAACAAACUGAACCUGCAUAUGGCUUUGAGUUUGUUGUUGGUUGGUUCUGUUAGACAGCAGUAGUGCUGUAGGAAGAUUUUGAAUUAGAUAGCGAGAACAACUCGGUAAUUUUUUGGUUCUGUUUUGCUUCGCUCUUCGGAGUCUCGGACCACUUCCUCGACCUUUCAGGCGAGAAAAAAAUCCAGCAUUAUCUGCCUGCAUGCAUGCAUGCCCGUUGCAUGCAUCUGAUUCGAGGUCGGAUUGUUUUUUUUUUGUGGAUGAGAAGAAUUUAGUCCCAUUUUCUCGACCAAUCGGAGGCAAAAGAAAAAAUUAAUCGCGACCUGCUUUUUUCUCGCCUCUUGAUUGUUUCCGUUUUCUGAACGGCCAUCAGGGCAAUAACUUUUGUUUUGGUUUGACAGCGCUAAAAGGGCAACGUUACUUUGACUGGUGUUUGUGCCUGGUGAUUCAGUCGUUCCGUUCGCUCUAUCAUCAGGCGCGAACUUACAGGGGCGGAUCUAGGAGGAGGGUGCAGGGGGUGCGCACCCCCCCCCCCUCCUGAGAUGACUCGCGGUUUUCUAAUACAACUGGUAUUCUGCAAAAAAAAAAAACUGUGUGGUUUAUUGGUGUUGAAGGAGAGCAAGAGACGAGUGCACCCCCUCCUAAAAAAAAUCCUGGAUCCGCCCCUGAACUUUGUGUAGUUGGAAAGACUUGUCUUGUUUUGCUUUGCAGGAAUUUGAAACUACGUUGAGAGAAUGGACAGAAAUUCAACAAGAAAAGAUCAGUUCUUGUGUGACUAGCGUGCAAGCUGAGGUGCUGACUUCACUCGUGCAGAGUCUGAGUAUAUUAGUCAACUGGUAAGAACGCUUAGAUAAAACUGUCUUACACAGCUAAUCAUUUAGUUAAACCUUCUUGAAAGACACAGUAAAUCGUAUCACGCAAGAGUGCUGCUCAGUAGCUUUCAUUUGAAUGGUCACACUCUAGGAUUUUACUCACAGAAUCAAUAGUUAGCACCACCUUGUAUAUACAGCAUAAUAUACAAGGCCAUAGGAGAGUACUCGGCUCAGUAACUUUCCUUUGCGAGGCUACACCGCAGGUUUUCCUCCACAGAAUCAACAGCUAGAACCAUUGCGUACGGCUUACAAACGGUGCUCAAGUCACGUGCUGCUCAUUAACUUUCACCCCUUUUUCAUCCCUUGAAUCCUAAGGCCCCUGUAGUGUUUCGUUGUAUACCUUGGUUGUCAAUUAUUUUUCCAGUGACGUCAUGCAAUUCUGUUUUACGUUUUUUCAGUAUAAAAAGCACUUGUGAACCGCGUGAGUCUGAUCUUCAUGAUUUGCUCAGUUUAGCUGAUUCCUGCGCGACUUCAAUUGAGAAACUCGUGCUAGAGGGAAAAAUACCCGAGGUAAGUUAAAAGCUGAUGUUACACGGGGCGACUCGCAACGACGAUUCCUAGCACAACACAACAUUACAACAUUGUUUCGAAUGGUUGCAACAUUGUUCCAACAUUGCCACGCUGUGUUGCUCUCAAAAUCGUCGUAGCCUUAAGGUGAUGUUACAUGAGACGAUUCUUUGGGUAUCGGCCCCUGUGAGGUUGAGAGGGAGACUGGGUUGGGGUCAUUUCGAACUGCACCAUGGGAUUUUUUUGGGGGGACAUUAUCAUUUUAUAACUGGCAAUAGUCCAACUUUCAUGAUGCCGACAUUUGACCACAACUACUAGAAUCCAUUUCGUUUUUGCUUUCUUAUUUAAAUUUGUCAACCACGAUGAGGUUUUAAAAAGUAAUAUCCCUAAUUUGCAGAAGAAAACAACAAUCUGAAGGAUUCUGGUAGUUGUAGUAAAAUUACGUCAUCAAGCAAUUGUCCUAUUACGAUUUUUUCCUCAAAAACAUUCCCAUAGUGCAAUUCGACAUAGCACCGACGCAGUCUCACUCGCAACCUCACUGACUGGCCGAUACAUACUCAUAGGAUAGUCUUCAUUCUAUUCUGUGUACAGACCCCCCUCUCCUCAGGAAAAAUCGGACAAGGGGCCCCCUUCUCCAAUUUUUGUACUGUCUGUACACAGGCUAUCUUCAUUAGCGCGCCGUAAAGGUAGAACCAGAGUAAUUGAUUUUACCAAGAGGAAGUACUUGUUUUGCCACGCUGCGAGCAGAGCCUCCUGUUGUGUUCUUGGGUGAGGAGGAGAAAAGGAAGCUUUACGUCAAACCUUUGAGGUCGCCGCCGCCAUACUCUUCGACUAGUCAAUCUUGUUUUCUCUCGUCAAACUGUUUUUUUCGAGUGCAAGCAUCUGUUUGUUGAUAAACCGAUAGUCAUAACCGAGCCCGCUGUAGCUAGCGCACGGCUGUCAGGCCUGGUUUCAAAACUAUAUCCUAGCAACAUGCUGUGCAUGUUCAAGAAAAAUCUUACUCGAUUCAUGCAGAGUCUCUCUCGAUUACACCAAACUCCAGCAAGCGAAAGAAAUACUCUGUUGGCAGGCAGAGUGAUGUUUUGCUCUUUAGUUGUUCAGACAAGCUGAAGCGAACCCUGUCUUACCCCCUCGUUUUGCCCGUAUUGCUUCCGCCGCAAAAACAACAACAACAACAACAACAACAAAAAACAAAAAAACCCCCCUUGUUUUGCCAUAUCAUAAAUCCUUUAUUGACCAAGCUUGUUCGGUUAAGUUUAUGGUCGCGUUCUCUUUUCGUUCUCGGCCUGUACAAACGCAAAGGAAAACUUGGCUUGUAUGCAUUUAUCUUGACCUCACGGUUGGGCUAAAACAAGCCAUAAAAACAUGCUAUGCUUCAAACACCAUGGAUAACCUUACUUAAAACAUUAUAACACCACUGCCAAACCUUCCAAAUACCAAAAUCACUACGCCAAAAUACUAACGUUCCAACACAUCAAGAAACCCCUACUAUUCAGACAGAAAAUAGUGGAACGUUUCGAUUGAAUCACCUUUUAAGUGUAUCGAAAUUGUGAAAGUUUUUGUGUUUUCUAAUGUUCUUCCAUUUUGUAUUAAUUCCCAGGCUCCCAGCAAAGGACGGAUAACAGAUCUCGUUUCGGCCGGAAGGAUCUUGCUUCAAGAAGUGACGUGCUUUCUUCAUCAAGUUCCUCCGAAUCUCAUUCCAGUAAGUAUAAUGUUGGGGUACCGAGCUGCACAGCUGACUUGAUGAAGAAAACUUUGUUGAUAAAAAUUUCCUCUGUCAGUCAGCAGUCAAAUGUGACCAAGCUGUGCGAAUCUUUUGUAAGUUGGCCUGUGUGAUGGGCGCAAAGAAUGGGAGGGAAAGUGGAGAAAUAUACGGGGAAUCCCUUCCAUUCUUAUCCCUUUCGACUUCUGCCACGGUGCAGGCUGAUCAUUAUACGUUUCUGAGAAACUGCCCACCUACCCCUCCCCUAAGCCAGCAUUAACACUUAACUCUCACUUGUGGCAAAAUGUUGGCUUAGGGGAGGGGGAGGUGGGCAGUUUCCUAGCAGGCUAUAUGUAAAUGAACAAAGACAAUGUGUCAGUGAGUCAAAGUCGCGUCCCACAUAAUAUGUGAAGCCGUAGAAAGUCGUGAUUACUUGAUUACCUUUUUCUGAUUUUUUUUUGUCUCGCAGCCAUUACCAGGCGAAGUGGAAAGAAAUCUUUGGUCGUCAGUAUCAACGGUAAAACAGCUGAUCAGCAAGACAAUUGAAGUGUAUGGACUAACAAAUCUAACUGAAGAAGAGGUCAGUAAGCAUGGCGUAGUUAUUUUUAAGGUGCCUUCUCUCCACCAAGAGUGAAAUUUCGCAUCUGAUCAACCAUGGAAAUAAUAAACAACACAAGCACGAGACUAAAGAAAAUGAAAUUAAAUAGAACUCAAAACUGAAUCGAUAGAUUACUCCUAAGGGUGGCGUACUUCACGCGAACAUGGCCUCCUAGAGAUCUUUGCAUACUCGUUUGAACUGGUUUAAACUCCUUUUUCCGAGACAAGCAGAAGGUAAAAAGUCGUCGCACGGACGAGCGUAGACUGGAUUUUGGACUGAAGACUAUGAGAAUCCAAGCAAGAUCACGAGUCUUGUUCGAAAUAUUGCUCUUGCACGGUACUCGUAAGUUUUUGUCGUCGAUUAAACUUUCUAAUGCCACAUAUGCGUCAUCCGACGAGGAAGCUUCUUUUAAAUCAAAGGCAAGGGGCUUGUAACUUGGAACAAUUAAAUUUUAGGCAUUUUAACACUAACAGUAAAAAAUUCUUUGAAACAGUAAAUUUUUCCAGAAAGAAGCAAAAACGGCUGCAAAAAGGUCAAUGCUAUUUUGUCUAGUAUAUCAAGGAGUUUUCGGCAAUUUUACGACAAUUUACUUCAGAAGAUUUCCGAAGACUAACGAAGAGGUCCGACCAUUGCCGAAGAUGUCCGAAGAACCCUCCAAACACUUUAAAGUACUUUCUUCGGAAACAGCAAACAUUAAAAAACUGGCCAAUUUAACAGCAAACACUAAAAAUUAUGGGCAAAAAACACUAAACACUAGACCUCAUUUCAGACCCUCUUUUAAGCUUCCUAGCGCUUGUGAGUAGAUGAAGAAUCGAACAUUACGGUGUAAUAUUAAUAACUCCUCUUCUUUCUUUACAUUAGGUUGAAAGACAGUCUUCGGGAAAAGGAAAAGGCAAGUUCAAGUUCUCUGGCUUCCUGAGAUCAUCCAAAAAACCGGAAAUGAUGAAAGUUGGUUCUGCUCCUUCCGGUAUGUAGCGGAAGUAAAAUAUUGAAACUCAGUUCAGUUUGGAAGAAUUUUUGGUGGAUUAGAAGUUUUAGGGUAGAUCUGGAUAUAUCUUGUUGUUCAAUUUUAUUUCCUCUUGAUUUUUGGUAUGGUAAUGUAUGUUAAAAUAAAUCAGUUUAAAACAAAGGGAAAUAAAAUUUAAACCGAGGAUAAAAUUGAACCACAACAUAUACAGUAAACACCCGCGAAUAAGAACCUAGUGAAUUGAGAACCUCCUGGCAGAAAUUUACCCCUUUAAUGCCCAAAAAUACAAGAACCGGUUAAGCCAAGCAAGAUCAAGCUGGUUUUUAUAUUUGGGUUGUAGUAAAAUUAUCAUAAACAAUUCAACCAAGGUAUUGUAACUUUGAGAUAGUGAAUUUAAGUAUGACGAGAACGUACUGUAUAUGAAUUCUGUGAACAGUUUUGUAAGGGUUAUAAUAAUGCAAUUGUGAAUAAAUGCUCUAUUUUUUAAGACCAAACCCAAGGUAAUUUAUUUUGUGGUAAUUUCCUUCAUAAAACUUGUUCCCGCCACUACAACAUUCUCGCCAAAACUCCUAGUAGAAUGACGACGGCUAUCACGUUUUCCCGCCAAAAUGAAGCUUGUUCACGCGUGAGCAAUACUCAGCAUUGAGAAAAUCUCGUACUCGUAGUCGUUCUCGUCUCAGAAUCGAAAGCUCCCUAGUGAAACCAAUUAUGGUCGUUUAUGUCUUGGUUAAUAACAAUUUAACAAGGAUACCUGAAUGUGACAUCUCCAACUUUGAUGCCCUGAGAAAGGGGAUACUCCCCCAAUCCCAGCUCUUCCCUGAGAUGUCUAAAGGCUUAUAGAAGCUCCCUUUCUUGAACACACGCCUAUAGGAAAAAUAUGCAUGGGUAGAAAACUUGAGAUUACCAGGUUCAUUUUUUAUAAAUUAGUGGCAUACAAUGUAACACAAUCUUUUCAUUUUAUCCACUUACGUUGCAAUGCAGCAGGAGUCUCCAAGCCAAUGUUGUCCAGGAUAUGCUCAAAAUCCUGGGCAAACAUUGGCUUCUUGGGGUAUCGAUCUUGUUUCGCUAAUUCUUUCUGCAUGAAGCGGCUUAAGGUUGUCCCUAAUUUGGGGAACUGCUCGGCAGGACUAGUGUGUCCAUUGGAACCUUGCUGAAAAUAAAGGAAACGUGCAUAUCAGUAAAAGUUGGAUGAGACUCAAAAGUGGAAUUACGUUCUCCAAAAACAUGGCCAGUUCAAAUCAGUAAGCAUAGAUGAAACGCUACCAUAGCGGCUGUAAUCGCUGAUAACAAAACGUGCUGCGCGGCGUUGAACGGAUUCGAUACAGUCAAUCCAUUUAUUUGUAUGCGGAGACCAAGCAACCGUGGUGUAUUCAACAAUCGGACGCACCAAGGAUAGGUAUGCACGUGCCUUAAUCGAUCGAUCGCACGAUGAGAGAUUCCUCUGAAGGAUCUUCAAAACUCUCAUAGCCUUCUUUUUAGCUUCGUCACACUGCAAUUGCCAACUCAACGCGCAUGUUAUAUAGACGCCGAGGUACUUUUGGUGGCAGGCACCGUCGAGCUGCGCAUUACAAAGGGAGUUACUAAACUGGGAAGGAGAAUUCUUCAAAGUGACGGACAUAACAAAACAUUUUGUAGUAGCAAAUUUCAUCUGCCAUGUGUAGGCCCACUUCUCUAGUUGAUCGAGGUCUCGCUGGAGGGCAAAAUGGUCGCUUACGGAAUUAAUCGGGCGGUAAAGAACACAGUCAUCGGCGAAGAGCUUAAUACCAGACGUGGUGUUGGUAGGUGGAUCGUUGAUAAACAUCAAAAAGAGAAUGGGACCCAAUACGGUUCCCUGUGGCACCCCGGAAACUACAGGCGACCACGAAGAGGCAGAACCAUUAAUCAAAACUCGUUGGCUACGCCCAGUUAAAAAGCUUCGAAGCCAGAUAUUAGUCUUAUUACGAAUUCCAAAGUAGUCAGCCUUAAGUAAAAGCCGUUCAUGGAGGACGGAGUCAAAUACUAGGAACACAACAUCGACCUGACCAUGGACGUCUAGGACUAAUGCCCAUUCGUAAAUGACGGUAAUGAGUUGAGUCUCACAUGACAGACCCCGCUGGAAACCAUGCUGGUGCGGAGAGCUGAUGCGAUUUAUAGAAAGGUGUCGUGAUAUUUGGCAAUAUACUAUAUGUUCCAUGACUUUAGAUGUAAGGGAUGUUAGAGACACCGGUCUGUAGUUUUUGGGAGGUCGUCACCUGUUUCCAUCCGCCAAUCUGACAUUUUCCUCUCACUGGCUCUCACAAGACAUUUCACUUUUCUUACAUGAAAUUUCUCUGUCUCUUGAAAUUUCUGUUCAUAAAAGUCUAAGUCUCCUCAAUUUUUAAGGGAAAAAAAAUUCCAGAUGGCACGAAAAGGAUUCGAUCUCGGAGCAUCGGCUCUGCAGUGCAUCACUUUAACCCCUAACAGGCCACCGAGGAUCUGCUGACAAUGAAUGGUUUGAUCUGAAUAUAUAUAGCAACAACCCUAACCCUAACCCUAACCAUUAACUUGUGUACGAAUCAUUAAUCUGUCAACGUCCGUUUGGCGGCCAUUUUUAAAGAUGGCGCAAAUAUUGGCUAGCUUCUAAGCAUAUGGCAGAGUCAGAUUGUUGAUAAAGGGAGGAGAGUACAACGGCGAGCCCUGAAGCGGCGUCGCGGAGGAUUCUAGCUGGAAUCAAGUCUGGUCCACUAGCUUUAUCAAUCUCAAUUUUCAGAAGUCGUUUCUUGACGCCCUCUGCCGAGAAUUUUAUAUCAGGCUUACACUCGUAAGGCGAGGGGGGCAUUAGUGGUAAGUUGCAGAGAUCUUCUUCUAUGAACACACUGUCAUAUUGUGCUCGUAAAGCCUCAGCUUUGGCGCUGGCCGAAAAGCGUACGCGGUUGUUAGAUACUGAGGCCGGGAUUCCCAGGGAUUCUGUUCUAAGCAACUUUAGGUACGACCGAGCACGUUUGAUUCCAUUAGAGCCAGCAUUCUCAGGCUCAGUCCCCAGAGACUCUGGGGUUAAACCAGCCAUAACAUCAUUGAGGUACUUAUCAUGGGCAACACGUAGGCGUUUGGUUGUGAUAUUGCGACGUCGCUUGUAUUUGGUAAGGUGAACGGCUUUGCCGCUACGACAAGCCUCCUCGUACGCUCGAUUACGUUUGAUCAUGAAACGUUUCACAGAGGAGCUGACUCACGGGAGGUGACGCUUUCCCUUGGACAUUUUAUGUGGUAUGAAGUGGUCAGUGGCUUCUGGGAUCUUUUGAGAAAUGUAGGACCAGUUUUCGUCCACAGUGGUACACUCUGGUAAUCGGAAGAAAGAGUAGUCAGGCUUGCCUUUAAACUGACAAAGUCACCCUUGUGAAACUUAUAGAUUUUUGUUUUGCCGCCAAAGUGAAGCUUGCUCACGCGUGAGCAAUAAUCAGCAUUGACAAAAUUUCGCACUCGUUGUCGUUCUCAUGUCAGAAUCUAAAGGUCUCCAGUGAAACCAUUAAUUAGUAGAUGCCUGUUUAAUCUGUUUGAAAAUGACUUUUGUUUUUAGGUCGUAUGAUAAAGUUCUGGGGAGUGGAAGAGGUUGGUAACUGGCUGGAGAGCCUGGGACUCGCGGAGUACAAGGAACGGUUUGCGAAAAAUGACAUUCAAGGAGAAGAACUCUUAGGACUUGACAGAAACGACCUAAAGGUAUGUAUCAAUAUAUCGACACUCCACUGGUCUAGUCCUAGCAGUCCCCUGGGGAGUACACCUGGGAAUUCUUGGUGAGGGUGUGCCGCCUGGUUCUCCAAGUCUUGACCCAAUUUCAGACCAAAAAAUGUCAUGUUUCAAAUCCGUUUUCAGACCUUGCCGCUAUGUAAUAAUGUCAUCAUUACUUAGAUUAGAACAACAACAAAAACGAUGUCACUAAUUCGAUUUCGAAUUCGCAUAUUUCCCUUUCUUUCUUACUGGAACAAAAGUAGGUCACGUCAAAAGGAUGAUGCCUGACUGGUCGUGUCGAAAAGUCAGUUCCCGUCAACAACAGUCCUAUUCAGGACUACAUUCACCCGGACGAUCAUGGACGAUCAACUUACUUAUAAAAAAUAACUCCUGGAAAUGAAAUGACUUCUGGAUUCAAACCUUUCACCUUUUCGUGUGACGUGUAUGUUACUUCAUUAGGCGCCUGGUGUGACAAAACUUCGUCACGUCAAACGGAUGAUGUAUGUUUCUGUUUAAUAAUGGUCGCGUUUGUGUUACUUCUUUAGGAGCUUGGCGUGACAAAAGAUCGUCACGUGAAACGUAUGAUGUAUGAUUCUGUUAAUGGUCGUAUUUGUGUUACUUCUUUAGGAGCUUGGCUUGAUAAAAGUUUGUCUCGUCAAACGGAUGUUGCAUGAUUCUAUUAAUGGUUGUGUUUGUGUUACUUCUCUAGGAGCUUGGCGUGACAAAAGUCGGACACGUCAAACGCAUUCUCCAUGGCAUCAGAGCUCUUUGCGGCGGAGUGUCGCCCAAAACAGCAUCAAGAAUCGAGAGAACGGAAAAAGCCGAGGCAAAGGCGGGAAGAAGUAAGAGGGUGAUUGACAAGGAAGACAGUCACUAAAAGUGAGCGUGGGAUUGAUGAUGGUGUUAUAAAAAUGUGCAAAUUUUAGUGGCAAGAAAUAUAGUAAGAACUCAGGGACGUUCUUCUGAUCAAAGGUGAAUUUCCACUGUCGCGUUAUUUUUACGUGCGUAAGUAACAGUAAAGGCAUUGUAAACGUAUAAGUCGAGCGAGGUUCCACUUUUACGUUUACGCGCGCCUGAGUAUCAGGCGUUUCUGGGGGGAAAGGGGAAAGAUGGAAGCGAAAAAGGGAGAGAGAGCUGAUCUAAAAUCUCCUCUCCACUAGCGCCUUAGCAAGGUCUGAUAUUCAGUCUACGUUCACGCGCAACCAGCACGUAAAAAUUAUGCGACCGUGGAAAUCUCCUUUAAGUAACGUUCCUCAUUUGAAUGAAUGGUAAAAAAGAAAAAAGUUGGAGUGGAAAAUUCUAACACGUAGUUACUUAAGUAAUAAAGAUAUUAAUAAUGACAGAGAAAACAACACCAGCACUGCAAUCGUUUCAACACACCAACAAUAUUAAGCAAUUUAAUUAUUGUGACUGCUAGUAGCUUGUUAGCUACUAACAGUCGGAUCUCGUUUUGUUAUAUAGCGUGAAAAUUUUUCUGGACAUCACAGGGUCGAGAGUCCAAUGUUAUCUGCGAAUGUCGACCGCUCGUCGAGAUUUACUUCCAUGAAUUUGUACACGAAGUAGUUUUUCUUCGUUGGCUAUAUAGCAAAGACCUUUAUGAAGAGUCCCUCGGGAAACAAAAUUAUGUUUUUCCUCGGGACCGUUCAUUAAUUCGUAUUAGUUCUACAAAAAACGAUAGAGUAACUAAAAACUUUGGUUCAUCGAAAGUUUAUCUUUGAAGCGAGACAAUCGAGUUUUUGGAUAGUUGACAAGCAAAUAAAAAAUAAUGCUAAAUUUUAAUAUAAUCAUGUAUUUAUAUCAGAAAAGGGGCAUUUUUAUUACGUCUAGCACUUAUUUGGCAUAAUGAAAAAUCCAACGUCAAAUUUUCUCGUUUUAUUAACUGUGUUAAUAAAACUGAACAAACGUGUAAUCCUGCAAUUUUAUCAACAGCGUAAAUAUUAGCAAAAAUUUAGAAGACUAGAAAGAGGUAAUUGUUGAGUUUACAGUGUAAGUUCGAUGUUAUGUCCGCACUAUUACAUCCUCUUAGCAUGAGGGGCUUUCAGAUGCUUAAAAAAUGCCACGUUUUGUUUCAAGCUGUCACUUGCAUUGAUAUUCAAGACUAACUUUGCUGAAUUCUUUUAUAUAAUUAUUAAUCCCAAUAUCGACUACAUAAAUUAAUUCCUUAUCAUAUGAAGUGGUAUAUUUAUACGCAAGACAUUAAGGACUGUCACAGAGCAGUUCUUUAGUGUUGACUACGUGUGUAGUUUGAAAAUUGGGAAACCUCGGGCAUGUGUAGUUUAAUUGUCGUUAACUUUGCUCUAAGGAUUGGAAAUUUUCGAAGCAUAGUUAAUAGGGCCUUGACGCGUCCAAUUUUCUCCUCUUAGUCCUUCAAACCAAUUGCUCGUAUCAAGUAGAAUUCGCCUUCCUGUAGGACGGGAAACUGCUGAGGCCUGCGGACGAGAUAUUAUUUUGCUGAUAUUUCUAUGGUUUCCUGAAUUUUCAAAUUGAUGAGCUUCUUUCAAAGCUUGCUAGCCCUUUUUAGGUUAGUGGGACUCUGGGUUCAAGAUGCGUCUACUCGACGACAGAACACUGAUGACGAUUUUUUGAGUAGUCCUUCUUGAGGCUGGGUGUCCUGUGUUAAGUGUUUAGUCGCCCUGACAGGUCAGGGAAUAUCUGAUGAGCUGUUGUACAGUUAACUGCAGAGACGCGAUAGAGUCUAACAAUGUUAUUAUUAUUUUGUAUAAAAUUUAAAGGAGAAAAGAAAAUUCAGGAGUAUACUAGUAAUUAACUUCUGU